AUGAAAGAUCUUUGCUCUUCUAAUAAUGAAGAAAAUGUCAAGGAACGAUUAAACGACCUGAUAAAUCAAGUAUCGAUGUUAUAUUCAUCGAAAAAUAUUAUUGUACAUUAUCUUGAUCAUUUUAAAAGAAAGGCAACCCUUACAAAACUUGAUGAUAAUGCUCCUGAAUCAGUUGAAAAAGCGUGUAUUGACUUUGGAGUUCGUAAUGUAUCUAGAUUUUAUCAUGUAGAAUCGGAUUAUUAUGAUUGGGAACUUCAAAGGAGAGCGUUUCGUUUAAUUGCCCCUUCAAUAAAUCAUUUAUGUAAAAGUGUCAUUUUUGAAAAUACUCGUUGUUCUCAUGAUUCUAUUGAUGAUCCAUUAAAUUCAAAGUAUUAUUGUGUUAUAACUCAGUAUGUUGGAUCUAUCAAUACACAAAAACUCAUGAAUUUUGUAAGAACUUUGAAACAUAAACAAUUAAGUAAAAAAUAUUAUAAUUUUCGUGUUGCUGAUGAAGAGAAAUCUGUACGAUUAACAGGAUUUGAAAGCAAUGGUGUUUCGCCUAUUGGAAUGACUUUUCAAAUUCCGAUGAUAUUAACAAACGCUAUAACAGAAUUACAACCACCCGUCUUUUAUCUUGGUGCUGGGCAUAUUGAUUGGAAAUUAGCAUUACCAAUAAAUUCUUUUAUCCAUAUUUAA